UAAAAAUGUAUAACUCACUUACCGUUAGCCUCGCGCCGUUGCCGCUCCUUGGCUGCCAAUUCCUCAUCCUCCGCCGCCGCAGCCGACGCGAGACGCUCUCGCUCGCUCCGAGUAGGCCGCAGCAGCGCCGUCGCCGCGCGGUCGAAGAGCGGCCCGACGAGGUGCGGCGCGUAGCAGUACGUCGUACAGUCGACGUCGUGGCCGCGCUGGCCGAGGUGGAGGUCCCCGCGGUCCUUGUAGAGGUCGAAGACCUCGACGACGGGCACGCCGCUCUUCGACUGCGCUCGGAUUUUGGCCUCGAGGGCCGCGUAGCCGCCGCCCGUGACGUUCGGCGCGCAGAGUGUCGGCGUCCCGACCGCGGCCCGCCUGAGCCCCGAGCCGUCGCCGGUCACGAAAUGCUGCGGGUACGUCUCGCGCCAGGCCAGCAGCACGCGCGCGGGGUCCGGCAGCGCGUUGCGCCACCGCGUGAUCGCGUCCAAGAAGCCCACGACGCUCGCGACGUAGGCGUCCUCGGGCUGGUCCGCGCCGGACCCGAGGCCGUCCAUGGACCCGUCGUUGAAGACGUGCGCGACGCGCGCGCCGGCCGUCGGCGCGAGCGCGUUCGCCGCGUCGAGCACCGCCGCGACGCCCCGGAACCGCGCGACGCCGAAGAGCCGCAUCGCGUGCACGCGCAGGCAUCGGCCAGUCCGCUGGCACGCCUUGAAGCUCUUGAACGGCAGCCGCUCGUGCGGCCGGAGCGCCGCCCACGUCGCGUUGCCGACUUUUUGCCGCAGGUCCGCCGCGAACGCGCCAGAAUCUUUCUCCUCGACCGCCCAGUGCGCGCGCAGCAGCUCGCAGAAGAGGUGGUGCGCGUCGGCCACGGAAGUUGCGUCGCCCCAGAUGUAGAGGUCGCCGACGCCGCGCGACGCAAGCCGCGCCGCGGCCUCGCCGGCCGAGCUGCUGCCGGCGUGGUUGUCGUGCGCGUGCCAGAACCUACGCUGCGAUUCCGUCGUCGUCUCGAGGCAGUGCGCGCGCGGCUGAUGGUGGAUGGCGCAGCGCCGCUUGUAGAGCUCGGUCUCCUCAUCCCCCGCCAUGCAGCCGUCCGCGGCGGCGAGCUGCGCCGCCCGCCGGAGCGUGACGCCCUCAUGCGCCAGCACGCAGCGCUCGCCCUUCGUGAAGUCGACCUGCACCGACGCGGGGACGAGCUCCGCCGCCGCCGUCGUGUGCGCCUGCAUCCAUUUAGCUGCCGGGUACUCGUUCUCCCGGAGCGGCCCGAAGCCGAUGCGCUUGGCGGCUCCCGCCGCGAAGAGCAGGGGCAGCCAUCGGUUGCGCAUCGUGCUGCCCCAGAGCUUCGACGCCUCGGAGGCUUGGCUGCCCCAGAGCUCGCGGGGCUCGGCUCGAGCGGA